CUUGAGCCCGUUUUUACCAACUUGCGUGGUUCCAUUUCGCCUCUGCCAGCGCGGCCGAGGGUGGGCGGCCGAUGUACCCGCUGUCGUCGUCGCUCAGUGUACUCGAGUCGACAACGAACUUACUGUCCGGAGACCAUACUUCGGACCGUGCACGCUUUCAACUUGACGUUGUCCUCGAGCACGUUGUGCUGUCGCACAAAGUUGCCCUGACGGACAAACAAUUGCGCAUCAUUGUCCAGCGCGACAACAAGCGCAUUCAAUCGGAUGCGUCCGGGUGGCGAAACGAACGGGCAGACUUCCAGCAAGUGGUUGGGCUUCAGUCGACGUUGACGAGGCUGGCGCCCAACGGCUCGUCGAAGACGUCCCAACCAGCGUACGAAUCCAAAGUUUACCAGUUUCUCAUUCAAGCGCUGCCGUCGCAAUCACAGGUCGCGUCGUUUGAACUCGAUAUUGCGCUCUUUGUCAACCAAACCGCCACGGUCAAGCUGACGCCUGUUUCGGGCCUGGAUGCAAGGGCGUCUUUGACGCUUUCUGUGCGUUGCAACGCUGUAAAAUCCAAGAUCGUUGAGGCUACAGGUGCUAUGGGCGUCCGAACUCCAUCUUGCCGGAGCUCGAUCCUUCAACCCAACGGGAACAACGCGACCGCGCCCGGCGCGCGGUCUUCCAACAACACGAGCUAUACGGGAGGAAACUCGUUUAAGCGGGAGCUUUCCCGAGGUGGCCAAUCGAGCAUGCACAGGCGAAGCUCGGGACCCGUGCGGUCCAGUAACCUCACCGACACGUCCUCUCUCGUUCAUGGCCAACAGCAGUUGGAUUCGGCCAGCGAAUAUGCCGAAGACUUGGCGCAAGAGAACGAGACCCUUGUGAAGAAAGUGGCGGAGCUGGAAAAGCAAAACUUACGCCUCGAAGAAGCUGUAAUCGCGGCCAACGCGACAAUCGACCUCAUGCGUCGCGAGCUGGACGAGCUUCGGCUGCGAGAGGCCGGCGAGACCACACGGGGCUUGCAGCUCAAGGCUUGGAACUUGGCGCUAGUGCAGGAAUUCGAGAUUUUGCGGCUGCAACAGCAUCAAAUUGCCGCAGGGGCGCCUGUGACACUGGUGAACGACGACCUGCUCCGACGAAUCGAGUGUUUGACCAAAGAGGCCUACGAAACACCCGACAGUCUCUAUUCAGACUUGGACGAGCCCGUAACUGAGCCAGACUUAAGCGACUUGGACGACGACGCGUCAAGCUCAGAUGAGGAUUCAAAUUUCAAUUUCGACCCCGCGGCCCCAAGCGACGUCGAGGACUCGCAAGUCGUCGAAUCUGCAGUCACAAAAACCACGAAUGCGCUGAUCGAAGACCUCCGGCAGCUCUUGGCCCGCAAUCAACGACUCGUUCAAGACACGCAACUGCUGAUUUAUGCAGCUAGCGACACUCCAGUGUUGCCAGCCGCGGCUCCAUCGGUCAUGCCCGACUUGUCUGCUAACAUCGACAUCCACAGCCAGCGCAAGCACACGCAAGAACUCGAGACACAGAACCGAUUUCUCCAAGCCAUGACGAAACAGCAGUUAAAGGAGCGCGCCACGUUUGACGUACUCCAGCGCGAACGCGCCGAAGUCGCCCAAAUGGCCGCAGAAGAAGCUAGAAUGUGGCAAGUUCGCCACGACGAGUUAUUUCGGACGGUUGUCGUUGUACCACCCCCUCCAGGUCCGGUGGCCCCGCCACCGCCCCCUCCGGCAGCCCCACCGUCACCUCACAAUGUAUCAACCCCCGUGGCAGAGGCCGCGAAACGCCGAUCCGCUGCGACGGCGAACGAAUUGACCAAACAUGUUCAAAUGCUGAAACAAGAAAACCUCGCAUUGAAAUACAAAAACACAACUCUGGAAAGCUACCAAGAAAAGUACGAAGAAUGUGAAAAGCAGCGAAAACGCCUCGAGGUCCGGUUGAUGGCGCAGACAAAUAUUGGGGACGUGCCGCGGCAGCGCGCUAUGACGAUUCGAAGCAACGGGGGCGACGAUGGAGAAGACUCGGACGUUUUCCAACUCACAGUGCAGCGCGCAGCCGCGUUGGAUAUGCAACUGAACGUGCUCAAGGAACUGAGUCGAACUCAAGCCAUGCGCAUCGCAACCAUGAACGACGAGCAUGUCAAAAUGCGCCUUGAUUUUGCCCACCAUGUUGACGUGAUGAAGACUCGUGUGGUGCAGCUCGAAGCUGCUGCGGCCCGACCACCUGCUGCCAUUGCAUGAACUCAGGCAACCAUAAUCAGAGAAGGAGAGUGCGAUGCUGUAACUUAAUCGGGAUGAGUUGAUCUGUGUGGCUAACUAAAUUCAUUCUGGACGCGUGCCCGUCGUCGACCCUC